AUGUCACCCUCAAGAGGUCUCACAGUCGAAGAAUCUACAUCUCCAUCCACAUCUUCACCACCUUCCUCCAAAUCACAAUCCCUCACCCCCACCGAACUCACCGCCCAACACCGCAGUUCUAGCGCCCUUCAAUCCCUCACCCGCAACAUUUCAUACCUCCUCUCCCCCAGUUCUCCUACCUCCCCCACCCCCGCACGAUUUCGAACGCGCGCUCUUCUUCGCGCUCUACACUCUGUGUCCAUAUAUAUAUUCUGGCGGGUGGUGCGGUAUGCGAAAUAUGCUAUUGUGGGAUCAGUUAUCGCAGCAUUGUCUGCGACGACUAUUGGGGGGUUUGCGACUGGGAUUGGGUGGGUGGUGGCGCCUACGGGGGUGAUGGGGGUGUUGGGAAUGAGUAUGUUGUGGUGGGUGGGGAAGUGGGGGUUUGGGAAGACGGGGGUUGGGAAGAGGUGGGAGAGGAGGAUGAGGGUGGGAAAGGGAGAUGAGGCGGAUGGGCUGGAGAAGGAGGAAAGGGAGGAUGGGGGAGCGAGGAAGGAACGGGUGAGGGUGGAUGGACAGUUGAGGGAUGUUACUGGGCCGAAAGCUGUGCCGUGGUAG